AUGGUCAGUUCAAAAGAAAUUGUAACAGCAAAUUUGGACCCGAUUUACACAGUGGAGUUUGCAAAUUGUGAUCUUCCACCUAUCACAUUAGACAAUCGUGAUCUUCCACCUAUCACAUUAGACAAUUGUGAUCUUCCAUCUGUCACAUUAGACAAUCGUGAUCUUCCACCUAUCACAUUAGUCAAUUGUAAUCUUCCACCUAUCACAUUAGUCAAUUGUGAUCUUCCAUCUGUCACAUUAGACAAUUGUGAUCUUCCACCUAUCACAUUAGACAAUUGUGAUCUUCCACCUAUCACAUUAGACAAUUGUGAUCUUCCAUCUAUCACAUUAGACAAUUGUGAUCUUCCACCUAUCACAUUAGACAAUCGUGAUCUUCCACCUAUCACAUUAGACAAUUGUGAUCUUCCAUCUGUCACAUUAGACAAUUGUGGCUAA